CACACAGCCUCCAAGAAGCCAGAUGCUUCCGUAGCCAUUAUGUCUCAAGUUUACACGCGUGGCAGAUACUUUGCUUCCGAAGCAGGGCCUCGUACCUUAUACAAUCGCAGUGCUCUUUUGUUGAUCAUGCGCUUCAUAUGGCUGUCACUGGUGGUGCUCCGGCCUGUCUGGACUUUCCGCAGUCAGUCUGUCCCAGACGGAAGCAGAGGACAGCAAGUUGAAGAAUUCGUAUGAACCCAUAGGGCAAGAAGUUAAAAUGGACGAACCAUUCGAACAGCGAGUAGUUUUCCCUCCGAAGGCGAAUUGCAACGAGGAAAGCUGGACGAUUCCUAAGUUCAAGGUUUCUGGCGAAAAACAUGUCACGUUCUCGCAGAAGCCGUGGAUCGUGUUCCGAGGGGCAACAUUUCGCAGCUCGGAGGACGCGCAGGAGGUGGCGCUCUGCUCGAUCAGGCGCCACGUGGUGGAGCCCCCGAAGAGGGCGUGCGCUUUGAACUCGGUGCACGUGCACCUCUGUGUUCGCCCCCACGGGGCGAACCGUCGACUCGUGGCGAGCGCCGAGAAGUAUUUCGGGGCCGCGAUCGGCUUCGUCAACUUGCUGGAGCUGAGCAGGGCAGAGCAGCCCCUGCAGCAGGGCCAGUACAGGGCCUGCCUGGCUGACGUGCCCAACGACGCCAGGUUCGCGCUCAUCCUGCGGCCAGACCUGGUCUUGAAGGAGAGUUUAAGCUUUGAUCGUGCUGUGUCCCCCGACAUGUUCUAUUUCCAGUGGAACUUGUUCCAAUCUUGCGUGAAUCGCGAAAUCGCGGAUCAGAUUCAUCUAGCGGGGGGCAACUUGAUCCCGGAGUUGAAAGACAAGUGGAAUAGCGAGCAGAUGGGGGCAGUGAAAGCGGGGCAGCCAUUUUGGGACUCUUUCCACAUGAUGAUCAUGUGGGCCGCGAACGCGCUCGGACAGGAGCGCUUGGGAUAUCUGAUGGAAUAUCCAGCCACGAAUUGUUUUUAUCUGGGCAGCGGCGAGCAUCCGCGAUGGCACAAAUACGGCUUCUGCAAGCAGCGUGGGAACCCUGGGGGGGGGAUCACGGCAACCUCACGAACCCGCUGUUCACCUACGACCGCUGGAUCAGUGCCGACGGCGAGGCGUUGUGCAAAUGGGACUAGACUUCGGGGCCCAGGCGCGCGGGCGAAGCGAUCGCGCAGGUCAUGGGGUGGGCGUUUGGCCUCUUCGCAGCGCCGGGAGGCACCGUUUGGCUGUGGCUUGUUUUUUCUUGCGUUUUGCAUUCGGCAUUGCACGUUGCCGAGGAGUAGCUGGAGGAGGAGCGAAGCGCGCGUGGUUCUAUCCUCAAUUUCCCUUCGCACGAUUGCCAUAUUGCGCACGCGUGCUGGUGCUUCUGGGGUAGAUCCCCUGGUGCGCCAGGGUGCACGCAGGCCGUUCAGGGUUUUCUUCCCGAGUAUGGCACGCGACUUGUCGGCGAAAUCUUCCGACGCCGGCCGUCGGGCGAUUUUUUGAAUUUGUCCGCCUUGCGUGCGCACCCUUGGGCAAUCGACCAGAUAGAUAAGUGCGCGCCAGGCCGAUGCGCCUCCGUCGAAAAAUAUCCAUGUCAAG